GCGAUUUAUUCCGCGCAUCUCCGCAGCCCUGGUUUGUUUAUGAAGAUAUUUAACACCAAAUGGCUCAAGUUAAAGGCUCCUGCCAAAGUUUCUGCCCCGAUGGAGAGUCGAAAAUGCGAAUUCGCGAGAAGCUUUUGCAUUAUUUCGAGCUGAAGAAUGGCCAGAAAAAUACUCCCGGUGUCCUAGUCAAAGAGUUCACGCGCUCCGCCGCUGAUGCCAAGAUGCCCCAAGCGAAGGACAUGCGAACGGAGCAGUCGCUGACCAAAACAGUGGAGUAUCUGCUCAAGGAUAUAAUCCUGGAUACUCGGAAGCCGUAUAAUGUGGUUUACGACUUCAUCUUCGACCGCCUACGAGCUGUGCGCCGGGAGAUUGUGAUUCAGAUGUUCGAUGCCCGCCAAACAAUUCGACUGCUGGAACCCAUUGUCAUGUUUCUGGCAUACAGCCGCUAUAGACUGAGCGUUGAGUCCAUAGAAAAAUUCGACCCGAAGAUAUGUAACCAGCACCUGCAGGAGUGUCUCACCGGUGUACUCUGCUGCUACGAGGAACUGGAUAGGCAGUCGUCGACGACCACUGAGGAACCAACGCUGCGGCAACUGGAGCGCCGCUGCUACAUUGAGGGUCUGUACCAAAUGUUUAAUCUGGGCUCUCCGGAAUCCUUUGUGCGGGCUCUGACCCUGCCGGACUACGUACGCCAGGAUGCCACCUUUCGCCUGUGCUUCGGUAUCUGCCUGUCUUAUCAACAAGGGAAUCUCUACAGGGUGCUCAUGGGUUUGCCCCAGCUGCCGCACAUUCUGUGCGCCGUGGCAUCCAUCAAGUUGCAGGGAAUAAGGAGAAGUUUGCUGCAAAUUUUCACGCAUGCCUACAACAACAAACAGCUUACGGUGCCGGCUCCGUACUUGUUGCGUUUGCUGUUAAUCGAUUCGCCGGCGGGACUCCAGGAGCAGUGCCGGCACUACAAUCUGGCCCUAACACCGGAUCGAAAGAGCGUCCUCUUUAAUAAGACUGAUUUUAGGCAAUCCGCUGAGACAUUGAGUUGUCGACACGAGCCAUUCGUGGAGUCGAAGUUGGCGCGAAUUUAUUUGCCCGAAGUGCUGUUGCUGAAGAAGAUCUAACUAGAAAAUAUUUAAAUUCUUAAGAGAAUAAUUGUAAAUAGAGUGAAGAAGAAAACAAAUAAUGUUAAA